AUGGCCGACCAGAGCCAGUCUGUGGUCCCAAAAACGGGACCUCGCCGCCUGCAGCACGAUGAUUACACUGUCGCCAUCAUAUGCCCCAUGGGCGUCGAGCUCGCUCCCAUACGUGCCUUGCUUGACGAGGAACACGAAAGUUUAAGCACCAGUCGCGACCAGAACGCCUACAAGCUCGGGAUGAUGGGCCUGCACAACGUCAUCGUUGCUGUGAUGCCAGAGAUUGGGAACAAUGCCGCUGCAAUGGUGAUCACUCAGUUGCUCAACGACUUCAAGUGUGUGCGCUUUGGACUGCUGGUUGGGAUUGGCGGCGGGGUCCCUGAUGAAGACUACGACGAUGACGAACUGGAAGAUAUCCGUCUCGGUGACGUUGUCGUUAGCGAGUCCAAGGGGCCUUACGGGGGAGUAGUCCAAUUUGACCGAGGGAAAAGCAUGUCUAGCGGCUUUGUCAGGACAGGACAUCCUAACAAGCCGCCACAUCUACUCGCCAGCAGCGUUGAGAUACUGAAGACUGAGCAUGACCUCCACGGAAUUAGCAUAUCCCGGUACCUCGAGGAAAUGUACAAUAGGUAUCCGCAAAUGCAAGCCAAGUAUGGGCAUCCAGGCUCAGAUCGAGAUCGUCUCUACCAAGCCACCUAUCCACACCAGGGUGGAACAACCUGCAAGAAGUGCGACCUUGCGCAGACAAUUGUGCGGGAGGACCGAAAGGAUCCUGGACCGCUCAUUCAUUACGGAACGAUUGGUUCCUCGAAUAUGGUCAUCAAGGACGCCCAGAAACGAGACGAAUUGCGCGACAUCAUGGAGAUCCUAUGUGUUGAUAUGGAGGCUGCUGGACUGAUGGACGUGUUCCCCUGCCUGGUUGUCCGUGGCAUUUGCGACUACGCCGAUUCCCACAAAACAAAGAAAUGGCAGCCUUAUGCCGCGUCCACCGCAGCCGCUUAUACCAAAGAGCUCCUAUCGCAUAUUCCUCCCGAGGCAGUAAUGAAGACACAGGCCGUUACCCUAGAGCAUUUGUCUAUCAAGAUUGACGAACUCACCCAAAGCACGCAACAAGCCUCAAGCCGGUUUCAGUCUGCUGAAGAACAAGAGAUUCUCGAGUGGCUCUCUCCAAAAGACAUAGACUUCUCCAGCCCAUACAAUCAAUCGCGACAAGUCCAUACGCCCGGCACUGGGCAAUGGUUGCUUGACGAUGAACGUUAUCGAGACUGGCGGGAUUUCUCACCCGGUCUACUAUGGCUACGCGGUGCUGCUGGUUGCGGAAAGACAAUAAUCUGCUCCACUGCGAUACAUGACCUUCAAACCUUGACUAAAGAAAGUCGCACAAGUAGCUUAGCCUACUGGUACUUCCGCUUCGAUAACACCGGCUCACAAAACGUUUCCAUCAUGUUGCGAUCCAUUAUUAGACAGCUCAGUCCUUCACCGCUCUCUGCUGGAGUCCGAGCUCUUCGAGACAGGCAUAAACAGGCUGGAAGCAAUCCUUCACUAGACGAGCUCAUUGCGACUCUUCAUCACACCCUCCACGACGCAAUCGGGGAUGUCUAUGUUGUUCUUGAUGCGCUGGAUGAAUGUCCAAGUACGGGAAAGCUAGGCCAAAGAGGAAAACUGCUGCAAUAUAUCGAAAACUUGUUCUGUCAACCACGUUUCAACCUACACCUGCUCAUCACAAGUCGGCCAGAACCAGACAUCUGGACUAAAAUGGGUCCCGUAUCGCGCUAUUCUGUCGAUAUCGAAGAACUUCUGAAAGCAGAUGUCGAGAGAUACGUCGAUGCCGUACUGAUGAACUCCAACUUAGGAAGUUGGGCUCACGCUAAGGAGAAGAUCAGAGAUAAGCUCCUUUCGUUCGGCGAAAGACGAUUUCGUUGGGCUGAACUGCAAAUGAGGCGAUUCACUCAAUGUCCCACGGAUAAGGAUCUGGAAGAUGCCUUGAAGAGCAUCCCUCGAAGCUUGGAGGAAUCAUACCAAAAAGCUUUCGAAUCAAUACCUAACCGAAGCAGGGUGUAUGUAAGGAAGAUCAUGAUGUGGCUUGCUGUAUCUUUGCUACCACUCACUACCGAAGAGGUCGCCGCUGUGGUUGGUUUUCGAACCACCGACUUUCUUAUCCAUAUCUGUACUACCCUUCUCGUUACGAUCAUAGAUAAGUUCGAUUCAGAUAUCAUCAAGUUAGCUCAUUUCUCAGUCAAGGAAUUCCUUGUCGCUCAGCUACAAGAAGAUGAAAGUUGGCAAUGGUACCGUUUCUCCACCAAUAUGGCACAUGAACACGUCGCAUAUACUGCACUCCAGGCAUUAGUCGAGCCACGGGGUGAGCUGAGGCCCAUCAUCUUCUAUGCCGCGGACUUUUGGCAUCGUCAUGCAAGGGAGGGUCUGAAAUCAAGAUCGGCAAGUUUGCUUCAAAAUCAAAUAAACCGGUUUUUCGACCCAAAUCAUACGAAUCAAUUUCUUGGCUGGCUGGAAAUAUUAAAACGGCUGAGAUCAAGGGUAUACUCGGAGGAUAAUUUGCAACCAUUAUACUACGCAUCACUCUUGGGUUUCGAGGCAACCGUGCGUGAGUUAUGGUUCGACGAGUCCCAGCUCUCCAGAAGUCGAAGGCACCACCAAAAUGCCCUCGAAGCAGCGGCUAUCAAAGGCAAUGUGAGCAUCCUAAAAUGGAUCCUGAACAAAUGCGAAUUUCCAGAAAGGUAUCUAUCAUUCCGAAAAGUUGCGGGAAGAGUCGAAGCGAACGAAAUAGAAGUGAUUGCCGAGUUGUGUAAUAAGAUGCCGCAAUCUGAGCUUGAUCAGAGCGUGUUUGAGGCUGCUGCGAGCAACACCAAAAAUGGGCAACUGGUGAUGAAACAGCUUCUCGAAAAGAAAGGAGACCAGAUCCAUAUUAGCGAGGGCAUGAUGAAAGCCGCUGCGGGGAAUUGGCGCUACGGCCAUAAGAUGGUGGAGCUGCUCCUCGAGAAAAACAGAAGUCAGGUACAAAUUACCGGGGACGUCGUUAUGGCUGCUGCAAACAACGGAGAUCAGGGACAGGAGGUAAUGGAGCUACUUCUGGAAGAGAGAGGAGAAGACGUUCAUAUCGCCGAGGCUGUUAUUGAGAUGAUAGUAGGAAACUUCAAUGUACGUGCAGUUGAGCUUCUGUUCGAGAAGAAAGGAGAUCAAAUCCGCAUCACGGAGAGCAUGGCUAAGGCUGCUGUGGGCAGAAACGGCCCUGGCGGGUUGUUCGGGAUGAUCCUAGGGAGGCAUUCCCCGAAUAAGCAAACUGCGCAGCAGGUAAUGCAACUCCUUCUCGACAAAGAUGAACAUGUCCAGAUCACGGAAGGCAUUCUCAAGGCUGCUGUGCAGAACGCCACAGGUGGAUACAAUGUGAUGAAGCUGCUUUUGCAGAAGAAGGGUCAUCAAAUGCAAAUCACGGAGAGCGUGAUCUGCGCUGCCGCACUGUACGGGAGCUACGAGGUAAUUGAGUUGCUUCUCGAACAGCAUAUUGAGAUAACGCAGGGCCUUGUCGAGGCUGCCGCAGGGAACUGGCAGAACGGCGAUAAGGUAAUGAAGCUGCUGCUGACGAGAACGGGUUGCUCCAGCCUGAUCACUGAGAACGCAAUCAGGGCCGCUGCUCAGAAUGAAUGGUGUGGAAAAGAUCUGAUCGAACUCUUUCUUGAAGAGCUGGGCCACCAGAUCCAGAUCACAGAAGGUAUAUUAAAGGCUGCGUCAAGGAAUCAACGUUGCGGUGCACAAGUUAUGAGAUUUCUUUUUGAGAAAGGAGGAGAUCAGGUUCAGAUUCCGAGAAAGGUAGUCCUAGCUGCCGCAGAGGCCAGAGACUCUACAAUGAUGCAGCUUCUCCUGGAGAAAGGCGCCGACCCAACCGUCGCAGACAAUAAUGGCUUCACACCACUCAACACGGCUGCAUACUACGGACGCAUCGAAACAGUUCGAUUGCUCCUGGAGAAAGGUGUCGAUUCAACGUCCACAGAAUAUGGGAGUUUGACAGUACUAGAAUGGGCUUUAAAAGGCGGACAUAUCGAAGUGGUCAAACUGCUCUUGAAGGAAGAGGCAAAUCAACUGACGCGCAGGAUGACGGCUGCACAUCACCCAAUAUGGCUUCAUGCAACGGAUACAUCGAAAUAG